UAUUAAAAGAAGCAAUAGAGCGGUUUGGCCUAUGACAGAAUUAUGGUUCAACUAACAAUGGAUCUAAUUGCUAAAAGUGUCAAUCACAAGAAUCGCAAUGAAGAGGACUUUGGACAGUAUCUGCGAAAAAUAACUCAUCUGAAUUUAUCAGAUAAAAAUAUAGAUGCAAUAGGUGACCUCUCUUUGUGUAAAAAUCUUCGAGUGCUAUAUUUAUAUGAUAACCAAAUCAGUCAAAUCCGGAACUUGGACUUUGCUUCAAAUAUAACGCAUCUUUACCUUCAGAACAAUUGUAUUUCAUGUAUAGAAAAUCUCUCAUCGCUGAAAAACCUUGAAAAACUGUAUCUGGGGGGCAACUGCAUCACUGUAGUAGAGGGUUUGGAUAAAAUAGAACAAAUAAGGGAGUUACAUAUUGAAAAUCAACAUCUCCCUCUUGGUGAAAAGCUUCUCUUUGAUCCAAGAUCUCUUAGGUCACUGGCAAAAUCUUUGUCUGUGUUGAAUAUCAGCAAUAACAACGUUGAUGAAUUAGAAGAACUGGCAGUUUUGGAAAAUCUUUCAUAUCUUAGAGCAGCUGACAAUCAACUUCAACAUAUGAAGGAUUUGGAAGUUGUAUUAAACAAAUGGACAAAGCUACGCAGAAUGGAUCUUACAGGAAACCCCAUCUGCCACAAACCAAAGUACAGGGACAGGAUUGUAGUACAGACACGAACUUUAGAAUUCCUUGAUGGGAAAGAAAUUAAAGACAUGGAAAGACAGUUCCUAAUGAAUUGGAAAGCCUCCAAAGCUGCCAGGAAAAAAACCAAAGAAAGAAUGACAAAUGAACAUGCAGCCUAUCUACAUUUUUCUGACUUUGAAACACCUUAUCCUAUUCUUCCCUUUCACUACAGUCACUCUGUGAAAGAAAAAACAAAUUUUUUAGUUUUGUCUGAGAUGCACACAGUUCAAAGAAAACCUCUGCCAAGAAUCCUGGAAAAAAAAUAAGUCAGAUGAAAACUCGGGUUGAAGAGGAAUCUGAAGUAACAGCAGAAGUAAGUUGAAUUCUAAAAGCCAGAGAUUACAGGAUAUGAAGAUUUG